GUUUGAGACCAGCAUCACAUAUCUGUGUUAUCCUGAAUGCAUGUCUAAGUAACAAUUUUCCUUACAACGUUAGCCGUUGUUUUUUACUGCCUCCAAAAGAACAAAAUUGCUUCAAAACUCGGAGACAUAUUUGAUUUAAAAGAAAAAAACUUGAACAGAUGGACACUAUGUCUAUUACGAACACACCAACAAGCAAUGAUGCCUGUCUGAGCAUUGUGCAUAGUUUGAUGUGCCAUAGACAAGGUGGAGAGAGUGAAACGUUUGCAAAAAGAGCCAUAGAAAGUUUGGUGAAGAAGCUGAAAGAGAAGAAGGACGAGUUGGAUUCUCUGAUAACAGCUAUCACCACAAACGGAGCUCAUCCUAGUAAAUGUGUUACCAUACAGAGAACGUUGGAUGGAAGGCUUCAGGUGGCUGGUCGGAAGGGAUUUCCUCAUGUGAUCUAUGCCCGUCUUUGGAGGUGGCCUGAUCUUCACAAAAACGAACUGAAACAUGUUAAAUAUUGUCAGUAUGCUUUUGACUUAAAAUGUGAUAGUGUCUGUGUGAAUCCAUAUCACUAUGAACGAGUUGUAUCACCUGGAAUUGAUCUCUCAGGAUUAACACUGCAGAGUAAUGCUCCACCAAGUAUGUUGGUGAAGGAUGAAUAUGUUCAUGACUUUGAGGGGCAGCCAUCGUUAUCUACUGAAGGACAUUCAAUUCAAACCAUCCAGCACCCACCAAGUAAUCGUGCAUCAACAGAGACGUACAGCACCCCCGCUCUGUUAGCCCCAUCAGAGUCCAAUGCUACCGGCACCGCCAACUUCCCCAACAUUCCUGUGGCUUCCACAAGUCAGCCUGCCAGUAUCCUGGCAGGUAGCCAUAAUGAAGGACUGUUGCAGAUAGCAUCAGGGCCUCAGCCAGGACAGCAGCAGAAUGGAUUCACUGGCCAGCCAGCUACUUACCAUCAUAACAGCACUACUACCUGGACUGGAAGUAGGACUGCACCAUACACACCCAAUUUGCCUCACCACCAAAACGGCCAUCUUCAGCACCACCCGCCUAUGCCGCCCCAUCCCGGACAUUACUGGCCUGUACACAAUGAGCUUGCAUUCCAGCCUCCCAUUUCUAAUCAUCCUGCUCCUGAGUAUUGGUGUUCCAUUGCUUAUUUUGAAAUGGAUGUUCAGGUAGGAGAGACAUUUAAGGUUCCUUCAAGCUGCCCUAUUGUUACUGUUGAUGGAUACGUGGACCCUUCUGGAGGAGAUCGCUUUUGCUUGGGUCAACUCUCCAAUGUCCACAGGACAGAAGCCAUUGAGAGAGCAAGGUUGCACAUAGGCAAAGGUGUGCAGUUGGAAUGCAAAGGUGAAGGUGGUUGGGUCAGGUGCCUUAGUGACCACGCAGUCUUUGUACAGAGUUACUACCUAGACAGAGAAGCCGGGCGGGCACCUGGAGAUGCUGUUCAUAAGAUCUACCCAAGUGCAUACAUAAAGGUCUUUGACUUGCGCCAGUGUCAUCGGCAGAUGCAGCAGCAGGCCGCCACGGCACAAGCUGCAGCCGCCGCCCAAGCAGCAGCCGUGGCAGGAAACAUCCCUGGUCCGGGAUCAGUAGGUGGCAUUGCCCCAGCCAUCAGUCUGUCAGCGGCUGCAGGAAUCGGUGUUGAUGACCUUCGUCGCUUAUGCAUACUCAGGAUGAGUUUUGUGAAAGGCUGGGGGCCAGAUUACCCAAGACAGAGCAUCAAAGAAACGCCUUGCUGGAUUGAGAUUCACCUACACCGUGCCCUCCAGCUCUUAGAUGAAGUGCUUCACACCAUGCCGAUUGCAGACCCACAGCCUUUAGACUGAGGCACAAGGUUGGGUCGCUAAGAAGCCUAGAAGAGGAAUUUCUUUUCCUUCAUUAAUUCAUAGGCAAAGGUUUUGUAUUUUUUAAAACACUAAAAGCAGUGUCACUCUACCUAAUAUUUCACUGUUCCGCAAAGGUGGCAAUGCUUAAACUAAAUAAUGGAUAUUUUGGAGACGGCUAAAUCCUAUGUUGAAUACUGCGCAGAAUAGUGGCGACAUUACAGUUCAUGAUAGGUAGUUUGGAUAUUUUUGUACUUGAUUUGAUGUGUGACUUUUUUUCGUAUAAUGUUUAAAUCAUGUAUGUUAUGACAUUGUUCAAAAUUCAGUUUUUGUAUCUUGGGGCAAGACUGCAAACUUUUUUAUAACUUUUGGUUAUUCUAAGCCCUUUGCCAUCAAUGAUCAUAUCAAUUGGCAGUGACUUUGUAUAGAGAAUUUAAGUAGAAAAGUUGCAGAUGUAUUGACUGUACCACAGACACAAUAUGUAUGCUUUUUACCUAGCUAGUAGCAUAAAUAAAAACUGAAUCUCAACAUACAAAGUUGAAUUCUAGGUUUGAUUUUUAAGAUUUUUUUCUUUUGCACUUUUGAGUCCGAUCUCAGUGGUGAGGCACCUUCUACUAAAUGACAGGCAACAGCCAGUUCUAUUGGGCAGCUUUGGUUUUUUUCCUCUCCGACGCUCUAACAGGACUUUCCCUGGACAUUUUGUAUCAUGUGUAGAGUUGGUUAUUUUUUGAGUUUUUAUUUUACGGUAGCAAAAAUAGGUCUGAUUGUCUCUAAGAUGAUAAAUAGAAUGUCUGCAGGGCAAAUAGUGCGAAAUAAAAUCAAGAAUCAUCGUUCAGAUUCUUUACUUUUUUUGCUUGGAGGGGUUUUGUAAGCUACAGAAACACUUGUGUGUGAUGGUCCUUAUGUCACCUGACGUGGACAUGUCUUCUGCCUUGCUUUGUCAGAAGGUUUUUAAUAAGGUCAUCCUAGAAACCACUGAGCUUGCUUAUUGCUGUGAUUUAAACGUAGGUCUUGAUCUAAGCGACAUGUCUUUUUUUUUUGAAUAGCUUCUCUACCAACUCGCUUGUACUCUUGAGUACUUGCAGGUACUUUUGGUAACGACCUAAUUUUCUCCUGUAAAAGUUUGGCGGUUGAAGCUUUAUUGGCAGAUUUAUAAAACUACAUCUUCUCUAGAAAUUGUGACUCUUUAGGUCCAUUUUACUGUGAAUGAGGAACAGGAGUGAGAGAACUUUAGAACGGCAGACUCUAAAACUCCAGAUGCUUUGAUUAAAAUCUUAAUCAUGCAUUGAUAUGAUCCACUGCCUCCUUUUCUGCUUUAAGGAAGGCUUUCAUGUUUAGCCAUCAGGGAAAAGUAUAUGGAAAAUAUGUGCUAAGAAGUGUCUCUUCGGAACCAAGCCACCUGUCUUGAUUUCAUUCUAAGAGCCAUAAAAUAUAGAACUACUUCUAGUUAUUAAGUGCUUACAUUUUAACCUAGUUUUACUCAUGUGGUUUUGAGAAAACGCCUAGCUAGUGUGUUAUGAUCAGUUAUUCCUGAGAGCUUGAUUGUUUAAUCUGUGUUUCUGUUUCUUAGAGAUGGUCACCUUUGAUGGGUAAGAGUCUUACUAGGUUUAAAAUCUUAUGUCUGCUUUAAGGAUAAAAUAGUUUCUGCAGUUCUCUGAUCUGGUCAUUAUGAGGAUAUGGUUCUGGGUGGGUUUUCUCUAGUGGGUUCAUAUCUCAGAGACUCCCAAAACACUGGGCUUCAGUGAAAGCUGAAUGAGAAGCGAACGGCAGGCAUCCGGUGUGAGCCCCCACCCCGCUUCUGUCCCGUGCCUUCUAGUGCAUUCUCAAGGGAGCCCUUCAUGGUGCUGCCUUUAUUUUCCAGGGAGUAGAUUCUCUGGCGGAAUACAGUCCAUCUAGCUGUUUGGGGUCUACUGCCCCUGGUGUACACACAUCACGUAACAAAUCACUGCCACACAACCUUGCAUUCUCCAGAAACACGGCUCCUUUGUAGUGCGGUAACCGCUCAGUCUCCUAUCCCAUUCCCGUUCCUCCUGUGAGCCUACAGGUUUGCCGGUGGUGUGGUCUGGCUUAAAUAACCACACUUGAAACAUUCAAGUAAACGGAACCUGUAUUACCUAUGCUGUAUUUCAGACUUAAAUCCGUUUUUGUGGGAAAGGGUUUGUUGUAUAAAGAGGGGGGUGUUUGUAAUACACGUUUUGAAGGCAAAAUAAAAUGUCCUGUCUUCCACAUGAUAAAUAAUCUUAUUACUGUAGAAGCUUAUUGCUGAUUGAGUUGCAGAUAUCUUUGAUUGUGGCCAUCUGGGGAAGGACAAUUUUACAUUUUACCAUAAUGUUCCUUAAGUAUCUAUGCAGGUUAAGAAAUAAAAUGUUAAAUGUUUCUGUGCCCGUUUGGCAGUAACUGGUUAAUAGUUACUAAUCACCCUAUGCAAAAUCAGAUUAGUUCAGAUUCUUUUUGAGAGCCUUUUGGGAGGAGCAGUUUUAUUCUCUGAGUAAGUCACUUCUUUUUGUCAACAGUUUGCUCUCUUCAUCAUUGCCAUUUUUAUUGGCAUCUUAAAGAUAGAUGAGAAAAAUGGCAAAUUUAAUGCAUUGAAAUAAAUCAGUAUAUAAAAUCAAUUACCUGUGAAGUCAGUUAACAACACUUUUGUAGGUGGGGUACAUUCCACUUGAAGAAAUGCUUUUUUUCCCCUAAAGGCAAAGCCCAUUUUGUUGCAGACAGUUAUCUGUAAAUAAUCUCCUAAAGCAUCCUUUGCAAAGAUUAUUGAGAUAGGCUGUGAGAAUCUUGUGCAAGCCUUUCCAUUUUUCCCCCUGAAAAACAGGUAAUUUAUUUUUGUUUUAAUGUACUGAGAAGGAUAUAAAAAGUCAGUGGCCUUAUCCAUUAAAAAGGCAGUGUCCUAGGUCCAGCCUUACUCCUAGCAUGUGUCCCAGUGCAGCUUGAUUGUUUGUCGUCUUUAGCUGGUAUCACAGUGGAUUGACAUUUUUCGCUCCAAACUUGCCUUAUUUAAGCAGUAAACUUUUUUAUUUUAGCCAUUUUUAGGUGAAAUUAUUUCCAUAUGUUUAUCAGAGAACAUACUAGAUGUAACAUUUCUUUUUGUCCUCAGUUAUCUUUGUGGACUCCAGGGGCUUCAAAGACAGGUGGAACUGUUUUGCCUUUACUAAAGGAUCUCAGAUUGCUAUGGUUUUUAGGGUUGUUUUUGUUUUUUUUAAAGCCUCCAUCUGCCCUCCUGGUCUUCUCCCUUUCUGAGAGGGGCUUCUUCGUAUGUGGUUGUUAGCAUGCCUGCCCUUAGUGUUUUCUUCUUUCCUUUCUGAUUCAUCGUUUCUACUGCUUAGGCAAGGAAACCAGAUAACCAAACUUACCAGAACUUCCUUUAAGACGCAAGUACAAACUCUGGGACAGGACCCGAGACACUUUUCUGAAAAGUGCUGGAAAGGACUUCACUGCGUUGACAUGUGACAUGGGCUCCACUGCUCAGACUGCUUCCUGACUUUCGCUGAGUUUCAGGCAGUGGAGGCAGAGAGAAGUGAGUCACACUUUUAUUUUCCCCCUUAGGUAAUAUUUUGAAAGGUUUCAUCGCUUCCCUGCGAAUGCUGCUCAUACAAGAUUUGGGGUUGCCAAGGGUUACUGAAUUAGCAUCCAUAGCCAGAGGCCAUACCUUUGCCUAGAGGACACCAGCAAACAGACAGACAACACCCGACACAACAAGCCGAACCUUGGGAAACCAGAGGGUCAUAGGGUUUUUGGUGUCCCCUUUUAAGCCUUGCCUUCUGGACUUCCUCCUGUACAGGUAUUUUUGACCUAUAGGUGCCUUUAUGAGAAUCGAGGGUCUGACAUCCUGCCCCAAGGAGUAGCUAAAUUAGUUGCUGAUGUUUUCAGGGACUUUAACAUCAGACAGACUUGAAUGAAUGAAUGAAGCUUUCUUCCCUUUUUUAAUGUGGGAAGGACUGAGGAGAAAACUGUGGUGAAGACAAUCAUUUCUCUCUGUUGAUGUGGAUACUUUUCACACCACUUAUUUAGAACGCUCAGUAGAGUCAGAGCCAGUGUUCCUGUUCAGCCUGAAACUAAUUGCUCUAGGCUGGGCCAGACAGUUGCACUCUCAUUUGCGCUCUGCCCUUAGCUUGAUGUGUGACCUUGGGCAAGUCCUUGACCUUCUCUGGGCCUUGGUUGCCUUGUCUGUAGAGUGAGGGAGUUGGACUAGUUACUCCAGCUCUGAAAUUCUAAGUGACCUUGCCUACCUUGCAGCAGUUUUGGAUUUCUUCCUUGUCUUUGUUCUGCUGUUUAAGGGGGCUUUUUGCUUAUUUCCAUGUUAUUCAAAUGAGACUAGGCUUGAUAUUUUAUUACUGUUUGCCUAUGGACAAGAAGUUACAUAGUAUGUUCUUGACUUAAUUUUAACCAAAAGCCUAGUACUGCUUUACAAAAAAAAAAAGAAAGAAAAAGAAAAAAAAAAAGAACAAAACUGAGGAGAGGAAAACCCUUCAUUCUGUUUUUCUGUCACCUCUGGUCAAAGUUUGUUAAGGCUUUCUUUGAGUCAUGACAUUCUAGCUUUCGAGUUGGUAUGGGUGUAACACCAUCUUCUUAAGUGCUGUGUAAUGGCAAUUUUUCUUUUUAAACUAAAAUGAAUUGUAAAUUGCUCAUGCCUGGUGAUAUUAGAGAUUAUUAUUUGGGGUCUUUGGUUUAUUAACUCUUCUGUGCUUCCCCUGAGCCACAUCAGUUAAAGUGGUUUAUAUGACUGAAGAAAACAAUACCAGUAGAUGAUUCUUCACUUUAUUCUUGGCUCUUUUCUGGUACAUUUUGAUUAGAUGACCUUUGGCUGGAUCACUCUUUUCAGAGUUCUCUUCCAGCCUACCCUUGAAUGGGAUGAGUGUAAUUAAUGCACUUGAACUUUUCAAGGACCUGGGGAGCCAUCCUUGGGGCUGGAGAGGGGAGUCCUGGUAGAGGCCAGUUUUUUGGUCUCUGGAUGAAGGGAUGAAACCAGCUGCUGUUGUGAAGGCUGCUUGUCACUGACAGAAGGACUUGGGCUUGGAUUGAUGAACAGACCGAACAUAGAGUUGGCCGACUUUCUUCAGGCACUGAUCCUGUUCAACGCAUGGGACAUGUAAUCUAGGGGGAAAGUAUGAAUGCUUGUAGAGGGUGAAAACCUGGUGGGCUGCAGAAUGCAGUUUAGUGGCAGGGGGUUGGGCAAAAACUUGAGGUGGCAUUUCCCAGCUCUGUGUCUUCCUCGAAAUUCAGAAGAAUGCAGCUAUGCCAAACCCAGAGAAGAGCCACUCGUAGCUUCUGCUUUUGGGACAACUGGUCAGCUGAAACUCCAGAAGUUCCUCUGUGGCUUUCUGUAUGCUUUUGCCUGGUUGAAGUCUGUGGCUAAAAAAUAGUUGAACCUUUCUUGAGAACUCUGUAACAAGUAUGUUUUUGAUUAAAAGAGAAAGCCAACUAAA